AUGAGCUUAAAGAAAAGGGACAAGAGUCCUAACGUUGGAAAGAAUGCCCAGAAAGAGAAAUCUUUAUUAAACACCCAAAGGCGGCUAUCCAGACUUGAUAAUUUUGUUAAAAGGGAGAGACUGUACUCAACAAAAUCUAAGAAUCGGAAUUUUGGCAGUUCAUCAAAACUCAGUUCAAACAAAUCUGACAACCUCCGGAAAAGUCCAAUGCCACGUGAGUGAAAUAUCGAAGAUCUACAUUAUGAACCACCUGAAGAUGAAAAGGAUUCUUACCAAAUAGAUGAACAGCACGAAGAGUCUUCAACAUUCGGAAGAGAAAUAGAAGCAUCAAAUACAACAAUUGAGCCGGAGGACUCUCAGUUCUGAGCGAAUAUUAGGAAAUCCAAAAUGAAUGUUGACCUCUUCCAGCCCUUCACUAGCGAGAGUUAUGAGUCAUACUUCAAAUAUUGGUCUUCGUUAAAAUAAGGCAACAGCAAAAAGCAUUCAAAGUGAAGAAGAAAGACAAAACUUAUUAGCCUCCCAGAGUUCUGAUAAGGGUAGCUCCAUAGGCUUUACAUCCCGGAGAAAUAUAUCAAAUGCUGAGGAACAGGCUAGUUUAGAACUAUCUGUGAAGCUAAAAGCUGCUUGUCAGAUCUGCACAGCUGCAUCCAAUAGUAAAGAAGUUAACUAUGUUGGCUACUGUAUAAAUUGCAACCUGUUCUGAUGAAAUAAAUGUUUAUAUGCUGAAAAUUUAGCUGAAAUUGCUGACCAAAAAUUAACUCACUCAAAAUCUCCUCUGCGUCAAAGUAAGAAGCCAAAAGCCAAGCGCAAGGUGCUCAUAGGGCAUUCCAAAAUCUGCAUCCAGUGCUUCUCAACUUUCCUGCUCUACUUCCAUAACAAUAAAAAGAUCGAUGACUACAAGAGGAUACAGAACGAGAUCGAAUCGAAAUCUGAAAAAUUGCUUCAAACAGAGAAAGAUUACAAAGAGCUUUGCCAAGUUUUCCAAACAUGCACUAAGAAGCAUCAAGAAGUGACUCGGAAGAAACGGGAGGAGAUUAUUGAAAUAAAUAUCGCUAUAAAGGAAACCCAAGAACUCAUCAAUAUCCAAAAAUAAAUUCCAAGCUGACAAAGACGCACAGAUUUCGAACGAUAAUCAAGAGGAGCUCCAGAAGGAGCUCCAAGAGAUCAAGGACAGCUGUAAGGAGUUCGAAGAAGAGAUUAAGAAGAUGAAUAGAGAGAUAGACAUGAAUAAUGUUCAAAUGGACUAUCUUAAAAAGACCCUCUCAAUCUAUAAAGAGUCUGUAAUAGGAUCUCAUGAGGGAAACCGAGUGAACAAGACCUCUGAUUACAGCUCGAACCAGUCCUUUAGAUAUGUAGAAAGGGAUAUAGUUCAUGAAGAAGAUGAAGACCAUGAAAACUUUAAAGAUAGAGGGUCCCAGUCCUACGAGAAUGAGAUAAACAUCACAACGUUUUCUAAAAAGACCUCUACUAAAUACAAUACCACGUAUGAGCAGGACUGUUCUAAGUCUAGUGCCUCUGCUGGAGGAGAGUAUAUUGACUACAGGAUGAAUGAGAGUAUGCUUCAGAAAAUGACUCCAGAUACCACAGAAGAAGACACAGGUAUAAACUUCGGAACGCAAAGUAUAAGAGAGGGCAGAGAAAGACAGACCACUAGUAAUGAUUGAUGACAAAGCUCCUGAAAUAUAUUCUAA